AUGACCCUCUUUUCUUUAACUACCAGACCUUUGAGGGUUCGAGCCUCCACUAUUGCCAUUGCCCAUUUUCACGGUCAACAUCGAGGAGGAUCUCGGUUUUACCCUGAUAGUGAGGUAAUUCAAAACCCAGAAGCUUGGUUUGUCAAAGUAGUUUCCACCCUUUUUGUCAACUCGCACUCUUUGGAUACUUGUUUGAGUUAUUUGUGUGAAAAGUUGACACCUUUGAUUGCAUUUGAGGUGAUCAAAAGAUUUAAUAAUCCAAAAUUGGGUUUGAAGUUUUUAGAGUUUAGUAGAUUGAAUUUGAAUGUCAAUCAUUGCUAUUCCGCUUAUAAUUUGCUUAUGAGGUCCUUAUGUCAGAUGGGUCACCAUCAUUUGGUGAAUAUGGUCUUUGAUUACAUGGGGAGCGAUGGGCAUUUGCCUGAUAGUGCACUUUUAGGAUUUUUGGUAACUUCGAUGGUGCAGGCGAGCAAUUUUGAUAUGGUUAAGAAAUUGCUUGCUGAAGUUCGUGGUAAGGAAGUUUGGAUUAAUUCUUUUGUGUAUAACAAUUGGUUGAGUGUCUUGGUUAAGCAGAACCAAGUGCACCAGGCCAUUUACUUGUUUAAAGAGUAUUUGGUAUUGCAUUCUCCUCCUGAUGCUUGGACUUUUAAUAUUCUUAUCCGAGGUCUUUGCAGAGUAGGGGAAGUUGAUAGGGCUUUUGAUUUUUUCAAGGAUAUGGGGAGUUUUGGAUGUUUGCCUGAUGUUGUUACGUAUAAUACUCUUAUAAAUGGAUUGUGUAAGGCAAAUGAAGUACAGAGAGGGUGUGAAUUGUUCAAGGAAGUUCAGUCUAGAAGUGAUUGUUCACCGGACAUUGUAACUUAUACAUCUAUUAUAUCAGGGUUUUGCAAGUCAGGCAAGAUGAAGGAGGCCUCAGUUUUUUUUGAGGAGAUGAUUAGGUCUGGGAUUCAGCCCAAUGCAAUCACUUUUAGUGUUCUUAUUGAUGGCUUUGGCAAGAUUGGCAACAUAGCUGAAGCAGAAGCCAUGUACAAAAAGAUGGUUUAUUUUGAUUGCUCACCUGAUGUAGUUACCUUCACAUGCUUGAUUGAUGGCUAUUGUCGAACUGGUCAGGUGAACCAGGGCUUGAAUUUGUGGAACGUGAUGAAAACAAGAAAUGUAUCUCCAACAGUUUAUACUUAUGCUGUUCUCAUAAAUGCUCUCUGCAAGGAGAAUAGACUUAAUGAAGCUCGUGAUUUUCUGAGGCAAAUAAAGAAUAGUAGUAUAAUUCCGAAACCGUUUAUGUACAAUCCUGUGAUUGAUGGGUUUUGUAAGGCUGGCAAUGUGGAUGAGGCAAAUGCGAUUCUGAAAGAGAUGGAGGAGAAGAGAUGCAACCCUGAUAAGGUGACAUUUACCAUUCUUAUUAUUGGGCAUUGUGUGAAAGGAAGAAUGUUUGAAGCAAUUGAUAUUUUUAAUAGAAUGUUGGCAAUUGGGUGUGACCCUGAUAGCAUCACUGUUAAUUCUUUGAUAUCCUGCCUUUUGAAGGCUGGGAGGCCUAAUGAAGCCAAUCGCAUUAGAAAAAUGGCAUCAGAGGAUCAUAACCUGGGUUUGUCAUCUUUUGAGAAAGCUAUUCCUUUGAGGACAACUAUAGACAUCCCAGCGGCUGUUUGA